AUGGCGCCCAUUACGGAGGCAUACCUCACCACAUUAGCGACUGCCGAUCCUGGCCUCCCAGUACCGCGACCAACAACACCACACUGGCUGAAGGAUCCGCACGCGCUGGCCCAGGUUCAGAGUGCAUCGCUGCCCAAAGCUGUUGACGUCGUUGUCAUUGGCUCCGGUAUCACUGCUCUCAGCAUUGCCAGAACUCUCCUGUCCCAGAGCCCAUCAAUCCGAGUGACGAUCCUGGAAGCUCGAGCUCUUUGCUCAGGUGCCACAGGGCGGAAUGGUGGCCAAAUUGUCACAUAUGGCGCGGCCGCAUACUCGCAAGCCAAGCGGGUGUUAGGCGCAGAAGCUGCGACCAAAUUUGUUGAUUUUACCUUCGACAACGUUGCGGCCAUGUCAGAGGCCGUCAAGGAGUAUGCCAUGACGGAGUCCGAAUAUCGUCAAGUCAGACGGAUCCGGUGCUUCACCGACCCCGAGUAUUUCAAAAAGGCCUGUGAGAGCAUCGCGGAAUACGAGCGAGAUAAUCCGAAGUCGAAACAUAUCAACACCUAUACUGUUGUGGACGCCCAACAACUGUUGAAAGAUCAUGGCAUCCAUGGCGUCGCUGGUGGCAUCAUCUAUCCAGCAGCAGCGUUCUGGCCAUACCGCUUUAUUGCAAAGACUUACCAAACCCUGCUGAACCAGUAUCCUUCACGGUUCUCGAUCGAAACCGAGACUUCCGUGACAAGAGUCUUGCACGAUUCUCAGGGUGAGAAUGUAUACCCCUAUGCUGUCGAGACUUCGAGAGGCCUGCUCAGGGCCACUCAUGUCGUUCACGCCACAAACGGCCAUGCGGGUCAUCUUCUGCCGGCACUUCGUGGUCGCAUCGUUCCAUACUGCGGAACGAUGACGGUGCAAGACUACGGAACGGCGGUGCCUAAUCGGGGCGACCAGAAUACAUGGAGCGUCCAUCAGAAGCCUCAGCUGGACGAGUCCACUGGGGCCCUUGCCUCCGGUACUUACUACGUCCAACAAAACGCGGUGACGGGUCAGUUCUGGUUUGGUGGUGAGUUUAAGACGCUCGAAGAGACGUUGAGUGCGGAUGACUCUUCGAAAUCGGAAGGUUCGGUAGAACACCUGAAGCAACGACUCGCCCAAUUCUUCGGCCUGAAACCUCGACCUGAUACCUGCCUCGUCAGUGCCUGGUCUGGGGUCAUGGGCUUCACCUGUGACGGGUUCCCACUGGUGGCUCGACUGCCCAAGUCCUUGACGUCUCGUGAUGGAACGGGCGAAUGGAUUGCGGCUGGAUUCAACGGCAUGGGCAUGUCCAUGUGCUUGCUCGCGGGCAAAGGCCUCGCCCUGAAAAUUCUUGGUUUUGAUGUCAGUGAUUGGUUCCCGGAGUCUGCCUUUGGGCUUUCAUCAGACCGUCUGCAGUCCCGCCUGACAGUGCGAGCAACGGUGGACGACUUCUUGAGCGACUAUCAGUCAGCUAUCAAGGCUACCAAGUCUACCAAGGAUGCGCAAGUGGCGGAAGCAGGGGGCAUAACUCAAGCCAAGCUAUAA